AUGGUGAAGAGCACCUUCCUCUCGUUUUUGAGUGUGGCAUGGAUUGCCGCACUCGCUCUAUCAGUAUCAGGCGCGUUUGCCGAGCCGCGCAUGGUGCGGCGCGGCAGGAUUUCGGUGCAACACGGCUUAAGCAAGCGUCUUAACUCCUCAGCGCAGGACGUGGAACGUGCUGGUGACAGGAUGGAGGCACGCGCCGACUCGAAGUUGCGCUUCAACUACGGCACUGACAAAGUGCGUGGCGUAGGUAUUGGUGGUUGGCUCGUUAUUGAGAACUUUAUCACGCCCUCCGUGUACGAGCGAACAGGCGACGACCGAGUCAUCGACGAGUGGUCAUUCGGCAAGUACGUGCCCCAUGACAAGGCCGUCAAGAUCCUGCGCGACCAUUAUGACAACUUCAUCAAGGAAAGCGACUUUGAGGAGAUUGCGUCGUUGGGCUUGAAUCAUGUCCGUAUCCCAUUCCCAUACUGGGGUAUUAAGACGUACGACGACGAUCCAUACAUCAAGCUGAACCAGUACGAUAAGCUUAAGGAGGCAGCGCAUUGGGCGGACAAGUACGGAUUGAAGGUGAUCAUUGAGCUUCACACUGUGCCUGGCCUUGCGAACCCGUAUGACCACGGUGGUCACACGGGUCAUAUGGACUGGCUCAAGUAUGAUGUCAACAAGGACCGCUGGCUCGAGAUCCUCGAUGAGCUGGCGUCGGAAUUUAGCCAAAGCAAGUACCCUGCUGUGACGGCCAUUUCGAUUGUGAAUGAGCCAAAUGGUGAUGUGAAUGAGAUUCUGGGUCAGUACAAGCGUGGUUACAACCGUGUGCGCAACAGCGAGAGUGAUGCCGAGCUGGUCGUUAUUAUUGGGGACGUGUUCUUGAAUGUCGCAGAGAACGACUACUGGCACACGCGCAUGCAGCCGCCCAAGUACCAGGGCGUCAUGACUGACACCCAUGUGUAUCGGAUCUUUGAUGCGGACUCUAUUUCCUUGUCGCAGCAAGACCGGUACAAGUACUACUGCUCGCUCAAGGGUGGUCUGGCGGCGAACAACCACCUGUGGGCACUCAUUGGCGAGUGGUCGCCGGUGUUUACGGACUGUGCGCCUGGUCUAAAUGGUCGCUUCAAGGGGGCACGCUAUGAUGGCUCGUUCCCAGACUCGACGUACCAUGGCAGUUGCGACGGCAAGUCGGGUAAUGCAAAGAACUUCUCAGACCACUACAAGCGCCUGCUGAGGAAGAACUGGGAUAUACAGACAGAUGCGUACGAGGCAGGUGCUGGCUGGAUCAUGUGGACUUGGCGCACGGAAAACCACAAUGCUGAUGACUGGAGCUACCGCCAGGGCGUGCGCCAUGGUUGGAUUCCUCGCGACCCGACGCAGCGCAAGUCAACUUGCUAA